AUGCCAGGCCGUCUUUCCUGGAACAUGGUCAUGCCGACCGAGUCCCUCCUGCCGAACAGCCAACCUGCGCCGUUCAGGACCGUCAGCCUGGCUGAGAUGGAGCGCUUCGACACAACGACCCUUUACGGCACCGGUCGGGCUGCGCUCGACCAGGCGGAGACCGAGGCAGACGAAGCAGUGGCUCGUGAAGCAGAGGAAGCAGCGGCGCGGGCAGCAGAGGAGGCAGCGCAGGAGAUCGAUGAAGUCCCAAGCUACAGCGACGACAGCUCGGAGGAUUCCGAGGAUGAGUUCACGCCUCACGACUCGGUCAUUUCCAAGGACGAGGUCGAGAUCGAGCAGGUUGUCACCCACGACGCUACCGACGAAGCUACCGAUGACGGCAUCGACGACAGGGAGAGCGAUGAUGGCAACGAUCGCCCGGCCAUCCCUCCCUGGCUGUACAAGCUCGCGCGUGAGAUCAGGAAGUUCCCACGGCGCAAGGACAACACGUUCAUCCGCUCCCACCUCCGGAAGAAGUGGCCAGACGACUUCAACGCGCGCGACCACAAGCUGUACAACCACGCGCCCCUGAUGGAGUUCUUCGGCGACACGCGCCUCUUCACCCAGGAAGAGUGGGACAAUCUCACGGACAAGGUCCCGAGCAGGCGCAGGGCUGGAGCGACAUGA